CGCAGCUGCUGGUGCUGCUCUUGCUGCUCCUCCUGCUCCUUCUCGUCCUCGAAGCACGUUUUUCCGGCAGUCUUUCUGUUUGCCGGGGCUGACGGCUAGAGGAAGGGCGGGGACUCGCAUCACUUGCUGCAGACUCUUCCUGAAGCAUCUCCACCUUGCUCUGCUCGGGAAAUACCUGAAACCCCAAGACUGAGCUCGCGACCGGUCUCCAAGCCUCCGCCUCCUGUGCACUGGCCUCACCAAACCCUCCACCGCCGCGGCCAAACCCCUGUCGUCACGGCCUCUACUCCGCCAGUCUCCAGUCCAGUCACCAAGCACUCGGUUUUCUCUAGAGAAGCAUAAAGAGAAGCAGAGGCAGAGAUGGGACGAGCAGGGAGAAAGCUCCUGCCUCAACGGAGCCACCGACUUUCGGGAGAGCGCGGCAGCCCCACCUGCCUGUGGACUGACCACUGAAAGGUUGCCCAGCAUCUUGGACUGCCCAGAUGGUGUGGAAUGGAGGUUCCAGAACCCACCUGUCCUGCCCCUCCUGCCAGGGACCAGCCAGCUCCCACUCCUGGCCCCCCAGGAGCCCCAGGUGGCCAAGCCUCACCUCACCUGGCCCUGGGCCCUGUCAUCCUGCCUCCAGAGCAGGGCUUGGCCCCCACCGUGUUCCUGAAGGCCCUGCCCAUCCCGCUGUACCACACCGUGCCUCCUGGGGGCCUCCAGCCACGGGCCCCCCUCGUAACCCGCAGCCUGGAUGGAGGCAGCAUGCCCUUCAUCCUUAGCCCCCUGCUGCAGCCUGAAGGGCCUGGCCCUACCCAGGUGGGGAAGCCAGCGGCCCCAACGCUGACUGUGAACAUCGUGGGCACUCUACCUGUCCUGUCACCAGGCCUGGGUCCCACGCUGGGCAGCCCAGGCAAGGUGCGGAAUGCCGGCAAGCACCUGUGCCCGCACUGUGGCCGGGACUGCCUAAAGCCCAGCGUCUUGGAGAAGCACAUCCGGUCGCACACGGGCGAGAGGCCGUUCCCGUGCGCCACCUGCGGCAUAGCCUUUAAGACCCAGAGCAACCUGUACAAGCACAGGCGAACCCAGACCCACCUCAACAACUCCCGGCUGUCCUCAGAGUCCGAGGCUGGUGGGGGCAGCCUUCUGGAGGAGGGGGACAAGACCGGAGAGCCCUCCAGAGCGGACAGCAGUGGGGAAAGCCAAAGCCAGAGGCUGAGUGAGGGCGCGUCGCAGGGACCUCUUUCUCCAGACGCACACAUGUCAUUUGUUGCCAAGAACCUAGGUACGAAGACGGACGCUGUUCCCUGCCAAGGGUCCACACCUGCCGACAGAGAAGGGCCUGGGGACCCUGCCCACACCACGUCCCCCGGCCCCCCGCCGGCCGGCUCGCAGCCCUGGCGGAAGCUGCUGGAGCAGAGGUCCCCACCGGCCGGCAAGCCGAGUUCGCUGCAGCGGCAGCAGGCCACGUCGGAGAGGCCCUGGGACGUCAAGGCCUCCGAGGGCCGGCUGCGGAAGUGCGAGAGCACCGACUCGGGCUACCUGUCCCGCUCGGACAGCGCGGAGCAGCCGCCGGCGCCCCCCAGCCCCCUGCACAGCCUGUCGGAGCGCAGCGCCGAGUCCGAGGGCGAGGCGAGCCCGGGCUCGGGGCCCGGGGGCGCGCGGGCGGCCGGCCUGGAGCUGGAGAAGAGGCGGCUGGAGGAGCGCAUCGCCCAGCUCAUCUCGCACAACCAGGCGGUGGUGGACGACGCGCAGCUGGACACCGUGCGGCCCCGCAAGACCGGCCUGUCCAAGCAGGGCAGCAUCGACCUGCCCAUGCCCUACACCUACAAGGACUCCUUCCACUUCGACAUCCGCGCGCCCGAGCCAGGCCGCAGGAGGGCGGCGCUCGGCCCAGCGCGCUCCACCUUGACGCCUCCGGACGCCUCUCGGCCCCUCUUCUUCCACUCCGUCCCCACCCAGCAGUCCACCGUGGAGUGCGUCCCCGUCACCAGGAGCAACUCGCUGCCCUUCGUGGAGGGCUCCAGGAUGUGGCGGGAGCCACUGGGCCCUCAGGAUGCCUGCCCCAGGACACAGAAGCCCCUGAGCCCCAGGCUCACCCCAGCCCGGCCGGGCUGCCGCUCGGGGCUGACCUGGGCUGCUGUCCCCAGUGGGCACCCUCGGGCCCUGGUCAGACAGGCUGCUGUGGAAGACCUGCCAUGGACGCCCCCUGGAGACGCCCCGGGCCCUGCAGAGGACCAGGAGGGAAAGAGAACUACCACAGCGGAGGGGGCAGCCUGCAAGGGCAGAGCAGACAGCAAGAAAUGCGGCCAGAGGAGGCUGAAGCUGUUCUCCCAGGAGAAGUGGCAAGUAUAUGGGAAUGAGACGUUCAAGAGACUCUACCAGAAAAUGAAAGCCAGCCCCCACAGGGGCAAGAAAGCCAGGGAGGUGAGAGCAGGCAGUAGGACAGAGCCGGACCUUCCUCCCAGAGAAGAGGCAGCAGGGGGCAAUAUCCCUGGGGACAUCUCCGGAGGGGCUAGGCCAGAGCCUUGGGGAAGCCCUGGAGCCCCAGAUGCCUCCCUGGUGACUGAGCCCCCUAAGCACAGGGAGACGGUGGCCAGAGCAGAUGACAGUGACCAGCCCAGGGUGGACAGGGCUGUGUCCUCCCUUACACUUGGUGACAGAGACACCCCCUGUUUGGGCAGCAAGAGCCCUCUGUUUUCUCCAAAUGGGAGGUGGGAACUGGGGCAGCAGCUGCCCCCAGCACCUGACUCCCUUAAAGGAGGUGACCUAGAGGCUCCCAAACUGGUUUUGCCAGACUCCAAGCUGGAAGAAGGCGCCCGAGGUGCUGGGGGCAUGACGGAGACCUGCCCCUGGGCCCAAACCAUCCUGAUACGGCCCAGCAGUGGCCCUGGGGAGGACCGGCUCCGCUUGGAGAGGAAGAAGCUAAAAGUGGAGGCACUGGGCAGCUGGGAGCGACUGGAACCUGUGGGGGCACAGACCCCAGGGGUACCUGCACAGGCUGCCUCGCAGGAGCAGGACAGUGACCCCAGGGAGGCUCCAGGCAGGGAGCAUGGGAGUGCCGGGCAGGCAGGCGAGCCCCUGGAGUCUUCUAGAGCUUCCUCUGCUGCUGCUUCUGUUGCUCUGAAGCAAGCGGGGCUGAGGGACCAGGUGCCCCCGUGGCAUCCUGCAGCCCUGGUCCCCGGGCAUCACACCCUGCCCGCUGCCCAGCCUCAGGCUCCCAGGGUCCAUGCUGCCGCAACAGACAAUGCCUUUUUCCCCAAGUACCUGCUCAGGUUACCUCGGGCAGAGGCCCCCUCUCCACUGCCCAUUCCCCAGGGCCCUGGGCAAGGCCAGGACUCUCUCUGUAGGACUGGGUGGCCCAAGGAAGAGGUAUCCUUUGUUGGACCAGGCCUGGGGACCCCCCUGUCUUGCAGCCCAGCCCUAGGGGCCCCCAGGGAGACCACCUCCUCUCCAUCUACCCCCAUGUGUGAGGCCCCCACGGCUCAGGACAGAGAGGGUGAGACUCGAGCCAUUCAUCACUUCUGUGUGGGCAGCACUUUCCCAAGGGCCAGGCCCUCUGGGGCUGCCCUGAGUCCCUGGGCACCCAGUUGGGAGCCCGGGGUACCUCCUGGGAAGGCCCUGGAAGACCGUCCAUCAGGGCUCAAUCCCUGCUGUUUCCUCCAGCCCAGCUCCUUCCUCACCGCCCUCCCUCAGCCCCAGGCCGUGCCCCCCAGCUGGCCCGAGCUGGCCUUGUCUUCCCACUCAGGGAUCCCCAGGACCUGCAGGGACCAGAGCCCAUUCCCCUCGCUGAAGGCCGAGCCCCAGCUCACGUGGUGUUGCUUGAGACGCAGCCUCCCUCUGCCCUCGGAGCAGAAGGGGAAGACGGUAUCGGUGUACUCGGCCCUGCACUUCCCCGGUGGCGGCCUCCGGGAUGAGGGUCCUGCCGCCCUGCCCGUGAGCGAUGGAGGAGGGACCCGGACGAGGCCUGGAGAAGGAAGGCCAGCUCAGAUACCCAAGCUCUCCCACCCCACAGUCUCAGGGGUGAUGUCCCAGGACCCCGUGUCUGAGCCAGAGCGGAAGAAAGGACCACCUCCUCAGAGGGCCAAGACGCCUCAUCAGAGCGGCAAGCAGAGAAAACUAAAGAUCAACCCCAAAAGGUACAAAGGGAAUUUCUUGCAGAGCCAUGUUCAGCUGAGAGCCGGCAGACUGCGCAAGCCAACGUGGGUGCCGAGGAGAAGCUGCCCCCGUCCCCCGCUUGAGGGGCAGGCCUCUUCAGUAAUGACAGGUUCCCUCGGCCGUAGCUCUGCCCUCUGCCCCAUCCACGUCCCCUGUGAUGCAUGGCGCAAUUAGUAUUUCCAGAACGACGUUAACCCGGGCCUUUAUCAGAGCUGCUCCUCGAGACCAAGUUCACCACCGUCUUUACUGGAA